GAGAGAGAGAGAGAGAGUUAGUUAACAGAUGACCAAUGGAGCAUGUCACAGCACCAGUGUUUUCUAUGUCUUCUUGUCCACGAUGCACUUUAGGAUUUCAAUAAGAUGCGUGUGUGUUUCCAGAUAAUCACUUUCUUCCUCGCUGUAAACUUUCACUGCCAGCCGCUCCGAGCUCAGGAUCCCUCCUGCUGCCAACAUGCUGUCGAGUUUGCGCGUUGCAAAGAAGCUUGUGACCAGCUCGCCACUAUAAAGAGUGAGUCUCGUCUGAAGCAUCUCCUCCAGAGGUUACCCAGUUACUGUCCAGAGUUGAUGAAUGAACUUUGGAUGUGCAUCAACUCUACACUUCCAGGAGUAUCCCGGAAGUCCGAUGGCUGGGUGGGGCUGGGCUGCUGCGAGCUGGCUAUCUCAGCCGAGUGUCGCAGGGAAUGCAGACAGGCAUCCUCUAAGAAUGACAUAUCAAAGGUCUGCAAAAAAGUCACAGAGAACCCCCUCUACAGCUGCAUCACCAAAAAUGAAAUGGGCUCCACAUGCUGCAGCUAUUCAGGGCGUCACACCACCUGCAGGGAGUACUGCCAGGCCAUCUUCAGGACCGACUCGACCCCCACCGUGUCCCAGAUCAACGCUGUCAGGGAGUACUGCCAGAGUCACAGCGCUCAGCUGCUCAGCUGCGUCGACAACUUCACCAAGUCCUACCCCAUACGCAGCCCCAUCGACAGUCUGUACUGCUGUGACCGGGCAGAGGCCACCCACUGCCAGGAGGCGUGCCGGCGAAUCCUUCGCACUAUGAGCACCGAACAUGAGAUCAUGGAGGGUUUGAUCGACGAGUGUGGCUCCCAGCCUCUCCCUCAGGAACCCAUGUGGCAGUGCUUCCUGGGCAGCGCCCACCCUCCCUCCCCACCUGAAGAGGAGCCUGCCCACCCUGCCAAGAUGGACUGUGCCAAGCUGCACUGCUGCUCCAAAGCGAACACAUCAGUCUGCAGGGACAUGUGUCAGGAGAUCAGCACUAACUGGGGCAGCCAGACAUGGCAGGACUUUGACCAGCUCUGUGAGUACAACCCGGUGGAGACGGAGCUCAUCAACUGCCUGGCUGACGUCAGAGAGCCGUGCCAGCUGGGCUGCAAGGACCUGGCCUACUGCACCAACUUCAACAACAGGCCCACAGAGCUGUUCCGCAGCUGUAACGUCCAGUCAGACCAGGGCGCCAUGAACGACAUCAAGCUGUGGUCCAAUGGGACGAUCAAGAUGCCGUUCAUGAACAUCCCUGUGUUGGACAUCAGGAAGUGUCUGCCGGACAUGUGGAAGGCCGUGGCCUGCUCCCUGCAGAUCAAACCCUGCCACAGCAAGUCCAGAGGGAGCGUCAUAUGCAAGUCAGAUUGUGUGGACAUCCUGACCCAGUGUGGGGACAAGAAGCGUUUCCAUGAAGGACAGACUCCAGAGAGGAUCUGUGAGCUGCUGUCGCCCAUUGACGACCCAGAACGCUGCAUCCCCCUCCACAGAUACCUCACCCCCAGUUCCCUAGGCAACAGCAUCGUGGAGGAGGUCCUCCACCCAUGCAACCCCAACCCCUGCCCCAGUAACCACUUAUGCCAGGUGAACAGGAAGGGCUGCCUGGAUGAGCUCAGCUGUCAGCCGCACCUCUGCGUGCCAGGCUGCAAACUGGGUGAGGCCUCCGAGUUUCUGGUGCAGCAGGACGCUCGUAUCCAGGUGCCGACGCGCGCCGGUCCUUCCGGGUGUCACGAGGUGUGCAGCUGUGGUCCCAGUGGGCGUCUGGAGAACUGUCUGGACAUGCCCUGUGUGGACACCAGCAAGCCCUGCAUCGUAGGAGGACAGAGGAAGAGCCACGGGACAUCUUUCAGGAUGGACUGCCACACCUGUUCCUGCUUCGGUGGGGACGCCAUCUGCUCCACUAGAGAAUGCCUCAGCUACGACAGCUCUGACCAGGACCGCAGACACUUUACCGGCCUUCCCUGUGGGUGUCCAGACCGCUUCGUCCCAGUGUGUGCCUCUAACGGGCGGACUUAUCCCAGCGCCUGUGUGGCUCGCUGUAUGGGCUUCAAGGACCACCAGUUUGUGUUCGGCCUGUGCCGCCUCAGUAACCCCUGCGCUGGCAAACCCUGCCAGAGAAACCAGAGGUGCAUCCCAAAGUACCGUGUGUGCCUGAGCGACUGGUCCGACUGCCCGCAGCACGAGUGUGUCGGCCGGCCCGCGGCCUGUGAUAAGAGCAGCGUGGAGCCGGCCUGUGACACUGACGGCCUGCUCCACGCUAGUCCAUGCCAGCUGCUGCAGGCCGGGAAGAGCCUGGCCUACAUGGGCCACUGCCAGGAUGCCUGUCGGAAGCCUCGGCAGGUCUGUGGCCAUAACGGGGAAACCUACAACACGGUGUGUGAGGCCUUCUCUGACCGCGUGGCCGUGGACUACGAGGGCCCCUGCCACGCUGUGGGGGCCAUGUCUGACGUGGCUCCCGACUCUGCGUGCAGUGUGAUUCCCUGUCCAGCUCUGUCUACCCCGGGCUGCCAGCCCGUCACUCCCCCUGGAGCCUGCUGUCCUAUCUGUGCCAGCAUGCUGCAGAUCCUCUGGAACAAAGAGCAGAUCAACACGUUCUCUAAGCUAAAUAACAACCAGCCGGUGACGGUCCACGACGUGCUGCAGGUCCUGCGGCUUCAUGUCUCCGUGCCGCAGUGCGACGUCUUCGGAUACCUGAGCAUCGACCACCAGCUGGUGGUCCUCAUUGCUCCGGUGGAGCAGCAGCCAACACCACUGCAGAUCGAAGCUUGCGGUAAGGAGGCCGAGAAGAUUGAUUCCCUCAUCAACUACGCCAGCCCCACGCUGGUCUCCCAUGUUCCCCUCUCUGCCUUCCUCAAUUCUGAGCUCCAGACCUCCUCCAUCCACUCGUCCGGGGGCCCUGGGCCUUCCCCUCUGCCCCCAGGCCUGUGCUUCCUGCUGGGCCUCCUCGUGGCUGCAGCCCCUGUCCUCCAGCAGGUCUGAGUGCCUAUCAUCCCCUCCCAGCGUCUCCCUCACUAACUCUUGAGUCUUCCAAAGUACCCUCCCACCUCCCCUCCUCCUCCUGAGGUGAGUGUGCCGCUCAUGGAGCAGGAAGAAGCAGCGGCGGUGCCUUUUUUUCGACAAUCAUUCCUAUUGGCAUACCUGCAUGUCAAACAAUCAAGGCGGUGCAAAAGCUAUUAUUCUGGAAUUUUUUUGUAUGAACAGUAUUAUUCAACACACUGGUUCUCCCUCAGUGACGUGUGAUUAAGUGUUUGUGUGUGUGUGUGUAUGUGCGUGCGUGUGUGUGUGUGUGUGCGUGCGUGCGUGCGUGCGUGUGUGUGUGUGUGUGUGUGUCAGACUUCAUUCCAUCCAGUGUUUAUCCACUAGUCCCAGCAGCAGCUCUCUGAAAGCUGUUAGGUGGGAAUGUAAAUUUCAUGACUCACUCUGUCUUCUUCUGAGGCUUUGUGUGUGGGUUUAUGUGUAUGUGUGU